AUGGCGCAGGAGUCGCUCACCUCGCCAGAGACGCUCUUCGGCGGACGCGCCGCCUUUACGGCCGCGGCCUUACUGCUGCCGCUCAUUCUCACCUACGCUUUCACAGCGCUCAGCGCGCACUGGAGCAGGCAUGUGCGCGGCAGCGGUGACCCCCCGCCGGUGCCCUACACCAUACCAGGCAUAGCCAACACAUUGCAGUUCGCCUACGACACGGAGGGCCGCUCACACCACCCCAGCAAACGCUUCGGCAGCGUGCCCUUCCGGCUCAACGUCGGCUUCGAAAACAUGUACUACAUACCCCACGGCGAAGCCGUGCAGGCCAUGUUCCGGGCGGCGCGCGAACUGUCGAUGAAGCCGAUCAUCGUGGUAGCGAUGCGCGACCAGUUCGGGAUGCGGCCGGCGGACGUGGCCGUGUUUGAGCGCGACGGCUCCGGCGACACGGCCAAGCCGCUCGACGGCUGGGAGCACAUGGACCCGGCCCACCGCGUCUUGUACAACCAGCACCGCGACCUGGCCGCCAUGCUUAGUGGUGCGCCGCUGGAUGGCAUGGUGCGCCGGUUUACGGACAAUUACGCGGCGCAGCUGCGGAAGCCCGCGGUGGAGGUGGGGGAGGACUGGGUGGAGCUGCCGGAUUUGUAUGCGUUUCUACGAGGGGAGAUGUUCCAUGCCGCGUGUGAGGGUCUGCUUGGGGAGCGCAUCUUCGAGGUGUGCCCGGAUUUUUCGCGCGAGUUUUGGGAGUUUGACACGCACUUGAUCACCUACCUGCGCCGGACGCCGCGCUGGAUGGCCCCGAGGGCAUAUGCCGCCCGUGACAAGGUGCUGGCGUCGCUGCAGAAGUGGUACGAGCACGCCCGCGCGGAGCUCGACUACCGCGACCCGGCCCUGGCUGGCGUCGAGUACGAGCCCAUUUGGGGCUCCCGCUUGAUGCGGAUGCGCGCUGAGAUGUUUGACAACGCUGGCUUCUCGCUGGAGGGCUGCGUGAGCAUGGACUUGGGUUUCCUGUGGGCGUCCAACGCCAACGUGAUCCCUGCGACGGGCUGGGUGCUGCUGAACGUGCUGCUCUCGGAGAACCUGAAGGAGCGCGUGACGGCUGAGUUGGCUGAGUGCUUUGACGAGGGCAAGGAUGCCUUCGACGUGUCGGCGCUGUGCAGCAAGCCGCUGCUGAACGGCGUCUACCUCGAGUCGCUGCGUUUCUGUGCCGCCACCACCUCAGCCCGCAACCCCGUGACGGACGACUUCAAGCUGCGCGGGUGGGCCAUGCCGCGGGACUCGCUGAUGCUGUCGAUUGUCUGGUUUGGCGCGCACGACCCCAAGUUCUGGAACCAGGGGCGCAUCGGCCGGGACGGGAAGCCCGAGCACCCGCUUGACAAGUACUGGGCCGAGCGGUUCCUCGAGUACCCCGACGACCCUGCCAGCGGCCCGGUGCGCAAGUCGGAUGAAGUGAUGAACUCCGCACCUUCCAAGCCGGGGGAGAAAACUUCCGAGGACGACAAAACGGCGAAACCCAUCAACCACACUGCCGCUCUGCAGGGUUACUUCUACCCCUACGGCGGCGGCAGCAGGAUUUGCCCGGGCCGGCACCUGGCCAAGCAGGAGAUGUUGGUUGCGGUGGCCGGCAUAAUGAAGGAGUUUGAGAUUGAGCUGCUCGAUCCUGUUUCGGCACGACAGGCGAAGCCCGACAUGAGAGUGUUCCCGACGGGUGCCAUGGGUCCAGAUCGGAAACUGCCGGCGAGGAUACGAAGGCGGAAACGGUGGUAG